AUGCAGCAGGCAUCAGGUCCUCCACUGCCUCUGGAUAUGGGACAUCUUAGGUCCAUUAUAAAAGGCAGCCCAGCUCCUUGCUUUCUCAUCCACUAUUCUUGCCACCUUCUUCUUGGGAACCAGGUGCACAUCUAUCCCUGAGACAUGUCCUGCUGUAACCCGUGUGUACCAUGCCAACCCUGUGGCCCAACCCCGCUGGCCAGCAGCUGCAAUGAGCCCUGUGUCAGGCAGUGCCAGGAUUCCAUUAUUGCCAUUGAGCCCUCUCCUGUGGUGGUGAUCCUGCCCGGACCCAUCCUCAGCUCCUUCCCACAGAACACCGUUGUGGGAUCCUCCACCUCCGCUGCUGUUGGCAGCAUCCUCAGCUGUCAGGGAGUGCCCAUCACCUCGGGGGGCUUUGACCUCUCCUGCAUUUCCAGCCGCUACUGUGGCAGAAGGUGCAACCCCUGCUAA